CCGCCAUCUGAUGGCAAACAGCGAGCCGCAUCGCUGCCCAGCGAGCAUGGCUGUCGGCAGAGCACCGCGCCAGUGACCGCGAGGCUUCACUGCGAUACAGGGCACCAUGGACCACGCUGCUGGGCAUGAGGCCAGCUGACACCUGAGGACUAACGCAGCCUUUUGGCUCCCAAACGGCAAAGACAGGUGGCUUUGCAGAAACACCAGCCAGCGAUCAUUCUUGGAGAUGCUUUCUGAGAACCCCUUGUCAGAAGAGGAUGUGGCAGUUUGUGCAGACACGGGGAUCCUGCCCCGUCCCCGUGAACCUGAGCUCGCGCUGCGCCGCGAAGGAUGGCUGUGCCGGAGCUGUGAGCCCAGCCCAGCGCUGCAGCGGCCGAUGGACGGCAAAACCACUCCGUCCACGGCAUCACCCAGCAGCGUCCCUCCCAGCCUCCAUGCCUCCACGGCCAGCAGCAUCUUCAGUGCCCGAGCUCCGCAGCCUCGAGAAAGUGUCCUGGGCAUCAGCUUCAAGCCCUACAGCCCCGAGUCCAACCCGGCCCCGGCCCCCUGCACGACCUGUGAGAGCACACGAUCCUCCAUGUUCAGAGCUCCCUGCAUGAGCCAGCGGCGGCUUGCGCUUAUCUUCUGCGUCUCCAUCCUCAUCGUGCUGCUCGUCGCCCUCAUCCUGCUGUUUAUGUUCUGGCGGUCACAGACCGGCAUCGUGUACAAGGAGCCUGCUGAGAGCUGCAAGCACAGCCCCGUGCGCUGUGACGGCGUGGUUGACUGCUCCCAGAGGAGCGACGAGCUGGGCUGCGUGCGCUUCGUGUCAGACGAGUCCCUGCUCCACGUCUACUCCAGCACCGAGAGCCAGUGGCUGCCAGUGUGCAGCAGCACCUGGGAUGAUUCCUUCUCCAGAAAGACCUGCCAGCAACUGGGAUUUCAGAAUGUGUCACAGACUGAGUACAUCCCCCUGCACUUCUCUGGCAAGAGCCUCAGUGUGACCGACGAGCGAGAGACCAUCCAGCAGAGCCUCAACAGCUCACAGUGUCUCACCGGAAAGUACGUCUCCCUCCGAUGCACAACCUGUGGACAGAGGAUUUCUGGCCGGAUCAUCGGAGGAAAAGAAACCUCUGUGGCCAAAUGGCCCUGGCAAGUCAGCGUGCAGUACGGGCCGAUCCACAUCUGCGGCGGCACCAUCAUCGGUGCGCAGUGGGUCCUCACCGCGGCGCACUGCUUCUUCAUGAACAGCAUGAAGAUCCUGGACGACUGGAAGGUCUACAGCGGGGUCUCAGACCUGAAGCAGCAUGCAGAGGGCAUCUCAGUCUCCCAGGUCAUCAUCAACUCCAACUACAGCGAUGAUCAUGAUGACUAUGACAUCGCUCUCAUGAAGCUCUCCAGGCCGCUGACGCUCUCAGCUCAGGUUCGCCCAGCCUGCCUCCCCAUGUACGGCCAGCGGUUCCAGACUGGCAGGUCCUGCUUCAUCACUGGUUUUGGGAAAACAAGGGAAAACGAAGGGGUGUCUCGCAGCGCUUGCUCCUCCUGCCUUGCAGAUAACACAUCCCCAAAGCUGCGGGAGGCCGAGGUGAAGCUGAUUGACUACAAGAUCUGCAACAGUGACAAGGUGUACGAAGGCUACCUGACCCCCCGGAUGAUGUGUGCUGGGUACCUGCAGGGAGGGAAGGAUGCAUGCCAGGGUGACAGCGGAGGGCCCUUGGUCUGCGAGGACAACGGCCGCUGGUAUGUGGCUGGGGUGACGAGCUGGGGGACAGGAUGUGGCCAGAAGAACAAGCCUGGUGUUUACACACGUGUGACAAAGCUUCUCAGCUGGAUAUACAGUAAAAUGGAGAGCGAGAACGACUAAGACGGGGAUGGACAUUUGCCUGGGCUGUGCCCCUCUGGCUGGCACAGACCCCUGCCCUUGGUGGCCACAAGCCCACGAUGCUACCAGCAGAUCCCCCCACCUACCUCUGGACUGUCCAUGCAGCCGGGGACCUGUCACUGCCCCAACCUCUGAAAAUACAUCACCUGCAAAGUGACUCUGCCCUUGCCCUGUGCAAGGGGGGUGGCUUGGAGGUGGCUGGGCAGGAUACCCAGCCAGCCCCGGCCCAGCAGCACAGGGGACAGCUGCCCGUGCCGGCUGUGCCAGCCGGGAGCCACCUCCUCGCCCUGUGUCUGCGGUUCUCCUGUAAAUAGACAUGUCUGGAUGGGGGUGUCGUCGGCGCGUCUUGGCAGGACUGCGGCACUCUUGGUGGGCCAGGGGCAGCUGGUGCUGCCCGUCCAUCCGGAGGAGGUUGCGGGUGGAAGCGAGGAGCAGGGAAGCCGUGGGGUGCCCAUGGCUUGGGAGCCAUCUCCUCCGCACGCUGCUGCCAGGUGGUGGCCGUGGCUGGCAAUGUGGGCGCCCGUGGGGGGAGCAGAGGCUGGCUGUCCCGUGCCCAGGCUGCGCUCCUCUCCCCACGUGUGUGCUCAGCUGCAGACGGGCCCUGGGGCAUCCGGCCACCCCGCACACUUCUCAAUAAAUGGUUUGGUAGUGCUCUGCA